AUGUCACCAAUGUCACCUUCACGCUCACCUCAGCCCUCACCUAUCUCAACACCAACCUACUCACUAAGCAGCUCAGUCUCUUCAAUCUCAACGCAAUCACAUCAACAACAACAGCAACAACAACAACAUGUUAGAAGUAUAUCACCUCUGCCGCAUACCAAGCAUCAACAACUACAACAACCACAACAUCAGCAACAACAGUUGUCACCUGCCGCUAGACUGUUACAGGCGAACCGUGCACCACAUAUUAAGCUACAUGUUGUAUCGAAUGAGUAUAGAUUCACAGUUUUCACUCCGACAGCUAUCAAGGUAUCAGAACUAAAGACCAAGAUAUCGACAGAGUUUGAAGGAUUGUUCGGCCCGCUCAACACCUCUGGCAAUCCAUUGGCGCGUGCCAAUCUCGCCACAACACGUCUGCGAGAUUGUUUUGGAAAUGACCUCUCCUACACACAUUCAGUUGGCGAUCUGCUCAAUGACUUGGAUACUGUUGUGGCCGUGCAGCCAUCCGAUCACACACUCUUCACUUCUAUAUUCCCAAACAACAACAACAGCAAUAACAAUACUAAUGUCAACAUGAGUGGCAACAUCAGUGACAACAUUGGCACCAUGAAUGGCAACAACGGAAACAUGAUGUUUCCAAAUAUGAACAUUAACAACAAUAAUAAUCAUAUUAUUAUAGUUAAUCAACCAACAACAACAACAACAACGAUGACAUCUGGAGUAAACGUGGCAACAACAACAUCAAUGAUGGUUACAAAUUGUUCCAGUCCAAGUCAGGAAACACCAAACAACAAUCAACCAAUCAAUCCAAAUGUCGAGAUUUUAAUGGACAAUAGCAAUCAGUAUUAUUCAAAGGUAUUCCUGAGUUGA